AUGUCAUCAUCUGCAGUAUGGAGAAAAGCUGGAAUCACAUAUAGUGCAUAUCUAUCAAUCGCAGCAAGAACGUUGCGUGCUGCUUUGAAACCAGAAUUACAAACAGCCACAGUCAUGGCCAGAUCACAUACAGAUGCAUAUUUUACAAAGUAUAAAGAUGGGGCUCCAGCUAGCGAACCGGAAUCUCUUCAAAAGAAAUAA